AUGACCGAAUUCAAGUGCGAGCAAUGUGAUAUGCCCGAGGAUGAUUUCCAUGAUGCCAUGGAAGAUAUCACCAACACUGGCAAGUUUAAUCCAAAAAUGUUUAUUUACAUAGUUAAACAAAAAGACAAUUUGAUAUUUGAACUGAAAGAUAAAAUCCGAAUUCUUAAUACUCAAAUUGAAUUAUUGAAUAAAAUCAAUUCCUUGACAUAUUCCAAAAAGGACAUCGACAAUACCAAGCAAUCUGAUUGCAAAAAAAUUGAAGAUAACAACUCGAUAAAAAGUGUAUCGACACACGAACCCAGCGUCAGUAAAAACUCAGGAAAUCAUCGGAAUGAAGAAACACCAAAGAUAAAUACGAGAAAUAAAAUUACAACUGGACAGCUGUCCAACGAACUAUUAAAAAUCGAAACGGAAAGAAAAUGCCAAGAGGUUAUCAACUUAGCAUCGCUGGAUAGAUCGCCUCCGUUGGAUAAUUUAGCAUCAAAUGAAUCGAAUUCGUGGACAGAAGUGAGGAAAAAGAAACAUAGUAAUAGAAGGAGAAUAGUUGGAAACAAUCGAGAGGAUACUGUAAAAGGUGUACCAAAACAGGUUGAAUUACAUGUCUACAGGGUGGAUAAAGAUACAUCUAUUGAAUCUUUCACUGAUUCAGUGAAAAAAAAUUUCCCAGAAGCUGAAUGUGAAUCGCUGAACUCUAAACAUCCUGAUUCGUAUAAGUCGUUCAAAGACGAGAGUACAUCAAAUGUCCUAGUAUGCCAGAUGAGGUCUUCCGGCAAUCCUCAACUCGACAGUGAUUAUAUCAGAAAUGAAUGGAUGGAUGAAUAUCUCAUACUGCCUAGUAUCAAAUGUUAUAAGGUGAAUCCGUAG